AUGCAGCAAAUGCUGAACUCUAGAGAACAGUUUCUCAUUCUUAGUUUCACGAAGCGGCGUGGCUUUGACACCAGAGCUGCUUCCGCCUGCACUACCACCACGGCGUCUUCUUCCUCUGCCGUGGCUGCUACCGCCGCCGCCGCGUUCCUCCUCCUCCUCCUCGUCCUCCUCCAAUGCGAAUGCGCUCCUCUUGCCGCGCCUCCCAACCAUCCUGAACUCGAGCUUCUCGUCCAGGUAGAGCGCGUACGUCCUCACGAACGCGGAGUAGUCCCACGACUCCGACCUCGAGUCCACGAAGUCGGACAGGUUGAGGAUGCGCGUCCCCCUCCGCGUGGCGAAGAAGAUCUCCUGCUCGUAGGCCGGGUCCCCUUCAUUGAGAAGUCGCUGGAUCAGCAUCAGCGUCUUCAGGGCAACCGUCCAGUUCUUGGUCUUGUUAAGCCGCCUCGACAGCGUGCUGACGCAUGCGCUAAUGUAGGAGCGCGAGUACGAUGUCAGGCUCAGGAUCUCCCUGAUGUGACGCUCCUCGGCGGGGUACUCCUCGUGGCGAGUCGCCUUCACGAUCGCGACCUCCAGGUCAGAUAAGGAGCUGCUGUUGUUCACCUUGGCUAGGCUGAUGCUCGCCUGAUCCUUCACCGCUCCCACGGCUCGUCGUAACUUGCUUGGGAUGAUGGAUGUACCAGAGAGAGAACAGAGGGGAAGUCCCCUGUUUCUGGCAACCAAUCAAGGUAUUGCAGAGAUCAUUAACGGUUAUGGGCGAAGCGAGAAUAUAGGAAAAUUUUGUCAUAAAUCCGAUUUGGCAAUUAUAUUUGUAGUCUUUGCUUCUCCUCUUUUCUUUUUUAAGCAAGGGAGAGGCGGGGAAAGAAAAACCGAGGUUCUGUUUUUCUUCAUGUUGACCAUGUCAACGAGGACAUGCAUCCAUCAAGACAGAAAAUUGUAAUGUUUUAUGAAACAAAUUUGAUAUAAGUGGACUGUUUAAACACUUAAUCUACUGUGGUCGAACCAUUAAC